AUGGCAUCUGUGAACAAGAGCAGCGAUGUGAAAAAAUCCAGAGUGAGCAAAAAGCUCCUGGAAGAGAUCAACGAGAAGCGUGAGUCCUACUGUCUGGUGGAGAGGAGUAAUCGAGUCAGCUUACUGCGAGUCCAGAAGCGACACUUCAGCCAGGCCUACCAGUCCUUAGCCAGUGUGCACGUCAAAGAGUCUGUUCCUGAAAGCAGCAGGACCUCCUGGGUCAAAGCGCCUCUCUUUGUUCACAAGGAGAGAAAGCACUUCACACCCAAAAAUAAUGCCAUAUUUGGAUAA